UCUUAUGACCGGCGCUGAAGCGCCGAGUCCUGGGUUUUGCAGCGUUGUGGUCGGUGGUCAGCGGCGCUCUUGCCCCGGUUCCGCGAGGCUUUUCUCUGCUGUCGCUGCACUUGUCGCCGCAGCAGCCUGCUCUGCGGGAUCAUGGUGUGCUUCCGCCUCGCCCCGGUUCCAGGCUCCGGGCUCCUUCUGCUCUGCCUCGUCCUGGGAGCUGUCUCGUCUUAUGCAUUGGAACUUAAUUUGAUGGAUUCAGAAAACGCCACUUGCCUUUAUGCAAAAUGGCAGAUGAAUUUCACAAUACGCUAUGAGACCACAGAUAAACAUAAUAAAACUGUAGCCAUUUCAGACCUUGGUGCUACAACGUACAAUGGAAGCUCUUGUGGGGAUGACCAGAAUGGUCCCAAAAUCGCAGUGCAGUUUGGAUCUGGCUUUUUCUGGAUUGUGAAUUUUACAGAGGAGACGUCUUCUUAUUCAAUCGACAGCAUCUCAUUUUCCUACAACACUAAUGAUAACACAACAUUUCCUGAUGCGAAAGAAAAAGGACUUUUUACUGUUUCUGACCGUGUGGCAUUCAGCGUUCCAUUGAAUGACAUCUUUAGAUGCAAUAGUUUAUCAACCUUAGGAAAGAAUGAUGUUGUCCAGCACUAUUGGGAUGUUCGUGUACAAGCUUUUGUCCAAAAUGGCACAGUGAGCACAAAAGAGUUUUUGUGUGAUAAAGAUAAAACUUUAACCACAGCGGUGCCCAUCGUUCCCACCACUGUGCCAUCUCCUACUACAACACCCCCUAAAAAGGAAAAGCCAGAGGUUGGAUCCUAUUCAGUUGUAAAUGGCAAUGGGACAUGUCUUCUGGCUACCAUGGGGCUGCAGCUGAACAUUACUCAGGAUAAGGUUGCUUCGGUUAUUAACAUCAAUCCCAACACAACCAACUUCACUGGCAGCUGCCAUCCUCAAACUGCUCUACUUAGGCUGAGCAGCAGCAGCAUCAAGUAUCUGGACUUUGUCUUUGCUGUGAAAAAUGAAAACCGAUUCUAUCUAAAGGAGGUGAAUGUCAGCAUGUAUUUGGUUAACGGCUCUGUUUUUAGCAUUGCAAAUAACAAUCUCAGCUACUGGGACGCCCCCCUGGGAAGUUCUUAUAUGUGCAACAAAGAGCAGACUGUUUCAGUGUCUGGAGCAUUUCAGAUAAAUACCUUUGAUCUGAGGGUUCAGCCUUUCAAUGUGAUGGAAGGAAAGUAUUCUACAGCUCAAGACUGCAGUGCAGAUGACGACAACUUCCUUGUGCCCAUAGCGGUGGGAGCAGCCUUGGCAGGAGUGCUUAUUCUAGUGUUGCUGGCUUACUUUAUUGGUCUCAAGCGCCAUCAUGCUGGAUAUGAGCAAUUUUAGAACCUGCAGUCUGAUUGAUUAUAUAAAAAUACAUGCACAUAACAAGAUUUUCUUCCCUUUCAGUUUUGAAAUACUUUGUUCUUUAAGAUUGAUAUAUUGAAACUUUAAUUCUUAAAUCAGUCCCAGCAUUUUGAGAUAAUUCUUUAUUAAUAAAAACUGUUAAUAGAACAGCAUAAAAAUUUUUUUUAAAUGUUGUAUUUACUGGUCCUGAAGACAAACUUGUUGAAAAGAACAUCGGUGUGCGGUGUUUUAAGGUCUAUCUUAAGAAGCCUUGGCCAAAUUUUGAUUCUAACCCAAGAUGCCUUAAACUCAUUAACAUGGCCAUUAUGAAGAUAAACUAUGUAGUUGUCUCCUAGUGGAAUUAAUAAAUAUUGUUUCACUACCGGUGUUCUGUUUCAGUGUAUAAGAAUUAUCCUGAUUUAAGCUCAUCACAGUGCCUUUGCAUAUAGUUCAUUAAAUAAAUGUUGAUGUGGCAUAAAUGCCCAUCAGAUGCUUAAACUUGGUUUUCAGUUGAAUGUCCUCAGGACCAUCAGCCAUUUUUUAGGUUAUGUGACUUUCUUUGAAGAUGAAGUCAGUAUCUUUGGCUUGUGAUUUUCCCCUAGGUAAAAAACAGACCCAAGAGGCUGCAACAGAGCUUCAACUGGCUUCAGAAUUAGAGUUUUCAAAAAACUGUUUCUUUUUCAGCAAUAAUAGACGGAAAGGAUUCAAGCAUAUUUAACCACUUGCCUUUUUAAAAAUGUUUUUCUCUUCCUUGGAUGCCUGAUUAGCAUUGCAAGAUAGAAAUAUUCUAUGAACUAAUUAGGAGAGAUUGUGUUGUGUUUCUCUACCUCAUCUUGUUGGUCUCUAGAGCAUUAAAAUCUAUUUAGUGUUGUCAUCAGACUGGUACUUAUGAGCUGUAAGCAGCAGCAAUCUCAGAAGGGAGGCAGCGAAGCAAAGCAGCAACUCGGCUUCUGCCUUUUCCAAGACGGCCCCUGUGGGGCAGAGCAUAGAUGGGGUGUGGACAGAAGCUGUUGGCAUGAAAAUGAGCUAGAUAAUCAGCCCCUGUUGAAGCGCGCUCCACGUUAGAAGUGCAGCACAGAUAUUGAAUGUAUAGACAAGUAAAUAAGAAGGAAGCUUAAUCAGUAGACUCGAGAAUUUCACAUGGAAGUGAUUAUUUUAUUAAUUCAUUCUAUGUAUAUAUUGACUUGUUCAGAAUUUUUGUAGUUCACCGAUUACAGCAUUUUGGUACCCAGCUAGCAGUCUCUGAAGGCUUUCAGUAAAAUAUAGUAA